AUGUUGCGCUCCGCAACGCUCCUUGCCCUCUUGGGCGCCUGCUCUGUUGUCGCCACAAAGUGUUCGAUUAAGCAACAGUGCCCCGAGGAUGCGCCCUGCUGCUCGCAAUAUGGCGAAUGCGGAACCGGCGCCUUCUGCCUCGGCGGCUGCGAACCGCGCAUGUCCUUUUCACUAGACGCCUGCGUCCCCGCGCCCGUCUGCAAAAGCACCACGACAAAGUUCAACAGCCUCGACAGCAUCGUCGACAUUGGCAAAUAUCUCGGCGACUCAACAAAGGCCGACUGGGUCGCCCAGGGCGAGCCGGCCAUACACGAUGGCAACCUCCUCCUGACCAUGCCCAGGAAGAGCGUCGGCACCGUCCUCGCCUCCACUUCGUACAUGUGGUACGGCACCGUCAAGGCCAAGCUAAAGUCGAGCCGCGGAAGGGGCGUCGUGACGGCCUUUAUCCUGCUCUCGGAUGUCAAGGACGAAGUGGACUUUGAGUUUGUGGGCGCCGACCUGGAGACGGCUCAGACAAAUUACUACUUCCAGGGCCAGCUCGACUAUCGCAACGCGGGCAACAUCUCGGCAAGCGACACGUUUGCCAACUUUCACGAAUAUGAGAUUCGCUGGACGCCCGAGCAGAUCGAGUGGUAUGUCGACGGCAAAUUGGGCCGAACCAAGCUCCGCAAAGACACGUGGAACGACAAGAACCAGCAGUGGGACUUUCCCCAGACCCCUGCCCGCGUACAGCUCUCGCUCUGGCCCGGCGGCCUGGCCAGCAACGAAAAGGGCACCAUCCAGUGGGCCGGUGGCGAGAUUGACUGGAACGCCCAGGAUAUCCAAAAGGCCGGCUAUUAUUAUGCCACGGUCUCGGAAGUCUCCAUCGAGUGCUACGAUGCGAAAAAGGCGCCCGGCACCAACCGCGGAAAGAGCUACACGUACAGCGACGCCAAGGGCACCAACAACACCGUCGUCGACGGCGACAAGGACACGGUACUCGGCUCGCUAGAGGCCACGGGUCUCAACAUGGACAAGGGCAAGAAGAAGGAAGAAAAGUCUUCAACCGAUGGCGCGGAAAAGCCCAAGAAGACGCAAAACACCAUCCCCGGCGGCAGCUCCGGAUCGCAGGGCCACGACCACAGUGGCGAGAACAAGGGCGGCGGCGGCGGCGGCGGCGGAGGAGGAGGAGGAGGAAACGCCGGAUCCAGCCAGGGAGGGGGCUCGUCGGGCUGCGAUACCAAGAGCUUCAGUCAGAGUUGCGACGGCGACGGCAGCAGCACCAGCAACAACGAAGGUGGCAAGAGCGGCAGCGCCAAGGCGAGCGCAAGCGCGCUGGCCAUUAUCAUUGCCGGCAGCGCCCUGGUGUGGUUGUGA